GCCGCCAGCGAAACGAAACGCCAUAUUGCGUCAUUUUCAUUGAAAUGUGUCUUGCCAUUUCAGAAUUGUCAAGUGUUUCAGUGUUACUAUAGCGGCUUUUUAUUCCUCCGAGUGUUUUCUUCGCCUUGGGAUCAUUUAUCUUCACUUAUUAUCAUCUGAACUUUGAGACAUCAUGUCUCCAAGGAACAAAGAGGGCUCCGGGAGCCGGUGUGCCACCAAACGCAAGUCCGUUGAUCAGGAUCCCCAUCCUGCAGAUCUCGAGAGCAGUGAAGAUGAGUACCGAAAGAAAAGAGAUAGAAAUAAUCAGGCUGUGAAGAAAAGUCGUGUAAAGAGUCGUUUGCGGACUCAAGAAACAUUACAGCGGGUGCAAGAGUUGAAAAGUGAAAACGACAUGCUGGAAGAAAAAAUCAAGCUACUUAGUAAGGAGCUAGGAUUCUUGAAAGAUCUUUUCCUAGCACAUGCAGGUGCUGCCCAUGGUAUUAAUCUUCAAGAAGUUGAUUUAGAUGCUUUAUUACAAGACAACACUAGCACUCUCCUACAAAUUUUUGACAAACCCACCUCAUCGACGAAGGAUAACAGGUGCUCCUGAAAUUCCAACAAAAUUAGGUCUGAAAAUGUUUCAGCCAAUGUUUCAAAAUCAGAAACUAAAUCAAGAAUCAAGUGAAUGUAGGCUAAGUGAAGUGUAACUCGUGUAUUUAUCCAUCUUGUGUCAAUGUUAGUCGUUUCAGUGCACUUCUUAUGGAUCUCUUAGAAUGUGUACCACUUAGGCCGAUCAAUUGUGCAGUAUGUGCAACUCCUUAAUGCCAAGUGAAUCUAUAAAUUUGGAACAGGAAGUUACACAUUAAUCGCCUCGGAUUUUCUAGUUUAGUAUGAAUUGGUAGAUCUCCUUUUGUAUUUCUUUUGAUGGGCCUUCGAACUUAAUCUGCUGCAUCAGCCUUUUUUCCCCCCUCUUAAAAUUCCUCUCUCCAGGCAUCCUUGUGAUUGACCAUUAAAGAGGAAAGCUGAAAAUAAUGCAGGGAGAGCUACAUUAAAUAUGUAGCAGGUUCCAAGUAUAUUUAUUUUUGAUGGAACUGUUGCUGACAGCCAAACCUCAGUAAUUUUUUUUCUUUUGUAUAAUACAUCAAUAGCACUAGUAGCACUGUGUAGACCGAAGUCCAAAGUGUGGUGUCCACCAAGAAAAAUAAGCAGAUGUUCAAAUAGAUGCAAUUAGUCUGCAAUGCGUAAGAACAUUGAUUUUAAGAUCGUGCUGCCAAAAGUUUCUGUAUUCAUACGGUAGAAACAUUGCAGAUUGAAAAAUUCUAAUCUAAGACCAAUCCACGUAGGUCAGUCAUUCCCAUAGAAAAGUUUUGAGAUCCCUCUGUGCAUUGACGUUGGGAAAUUUAAAUGCAAUGCAUGAGAUGUGUGGGAGAAGUCAAUUCUACAUCAUACAUGUGUUGGCUGAGUGAAGGUUGUGCAGGGAAAUGGGCCUCAAUAAGAUGCAUAAUGAUUGACCUAUGUGGAUUGAUGUUGUUCCAAUUUUUGCAACAAUCCAAUCAUUUUGUAAAAUAUAUUUAACUAGUUUUCUCAUUUAUUCAUACUUUAAUCGUUAAUGAAGGACACUGUCCAAAUUUGGGCACUUCUUUCAAAUUAAUGGUGCUCCUUACUUUUUAGGAGGCUUGAGACUUAUAGGAGAUUGAAUGGAUUUCAUCCAUGCUUGUUGUAUAUACGUAGGCUCUUUUCCUUUGAAAUUGUGCAGAUUUUUGGCAUAAGUAAAUAAUUUUGUUGUUAUUCUGUCUCAGUUGUUAUAGAGAAAUUUUUGAAUGUCCUAGUAAAACUCUUUUUCUUUUCUUUUUUAAAAAAAAUUUCAGUAGAAUUCAUGUUGAUGUUAAUGAAAAAAUUUGAAAACUGAUUUUUUUUCUCAUGUAAAUGUUGCUUAUUUCAUUCAUGUUCUAUUCAGAGUAAUUAUCCUAAAAUUGAUUUGAAUAGUGUCUCCCGUAGGUGAUAAAUACUGAAGAGCAACAGGUUUUUUCCUUUCUCUUUUUUCUUUUUUUCUUCCCUCGAAUUUCGAAAGCAGAAUCGUAAAUUCAGUUUUAAAUCAAGUUACAAAGAAGUCAUUGAACAUGAAAGUUUUAAGUCAUCAGUUUUGUAAUUCUUGAUUUAAGAGUUUGCUUUCUUUUUUAUCACCAACCUCUAUUACUUGUGAAACUAAAGUGAAGAUAUAAUUGAUUAGGUUGAAACUUUUGAGCAUUCAGUGUCCCAUGAUUAGACAGUAAGUUCUAUCUCCAUCUACUUUUUGUCUGCUGACAUUGGAGGUAAGGAGGGUUAAGUUUAACAAUGACACAUAGACGCAUUAUUCCAGAACUUCUUUUAACACAAAAUAUAUUAAAUACUUAAGCAGCAUUUUCCCACCUUUCAUUAAUUUGAUUGCUGAUUGAAUUUACAUGAGUUACUAGCUCAAAGUGGAAUCUUUCUGUCUCGUGUUAUCUAAAAAAUAAGGUUAUCAUCAUGAAUGAAUCUAAAUGUUGGACCGUUUUUACAAAUUCUAUGUGCCAUAAGAACUAUGUAGUUAUCCAUAUGGUUAUUUGGUUUUAGGGGAGUCAAAUAUUUUGAUUCUAUUCCUUACCUCUUCAAACAUAUUGCAGGAAUUUUACCAAGUCGAUAUUCAUCCUAGUUCUCGAAGGUAGUUACUGCUUUUGCCCUCUUACUGGAUUUUUUCCCCAGUCUUUUUCAUUCUGGUUCGGAGAUGUGUUAUUUUUGAUAAGUGUCUUCAUCUUAUCAUAUAAUUUACAUUUAUAACUACAUGCAUCCAAGUGUAGGGAUUCAUUUACUUAUCUAUUUAUUUUAGAAUGUAUGCCUUUAUUUAUUAUUACUUAUUACUAUUAUAUAACUAUCUUUGGAGCUUGUACUAUGUAAAAAGAAUCAAUUUCACACUGAACUACAGUAUAUUUCUUUUUUGAGAGUGGUCCAAAGGUCUGCCCAGAAGUUUGUAGUAAUUCUAAAAUUUCUGCCUGCUGUUAUGUUAAUUCAAUGGAACUUAUGCAAUGGGUUUUUUUAAAACUCUGUAUCUGUCAGAAAACCUUGAAUAUUGUAACAGGAUGCAGUAACAGUAAUUUUUUUUAUUUUUAUUUUUGCAUUAAAAGUCUUGAGUCAAGGAACACAUGAAAAUGAAUGAGUAAAAUUCUCAAGAGAAUACUUCUCUCCGAUUUUAUUUAAUGAAACUCUCUCACGUCAGUCCUCUUAAUGUCAUAAAUUAAAGCUCUAAGCAUUUGGCGGUUCAGUGUAAUGAUUUUGAGGUAUUCAAGCUUAGGUUUUACAGGCCUCAGUUUGAUAGCUGUGCACGGAUCCUUUUCUUUGGAAAACGUUUGGGGAUUUCAUCAGAAGUCACCCAUCAAGAGAAUUUUUUCUGAAUGGAGGAGCGAGAUUAUUAUUGUAAAGUAAUCAUUGUUUCCAGGGUUAAUCUUUGUAGUUGAAUAGUUUGGAAAGCUUUCCAUGCAGAACAGUUUUUUCAUGUUAAAAUUGCUGCUCAAAUGACCAGAAGUAAUCAUAGUUUUUUGUAGAUAUUCACAAUUUGAAAAGUUUAGUAAAAUUAUUUAGUUUGUUCGAAAAAUCUGGAGAUUUAAUUGUGACAGCUAGUUUCUAUGAGAAUAAGGCGGCAGCACGACGCACAUAUUGCUUCAUCCCAUAUUGUGUCAGCCCCAUCUUGUUAAAAUGUCAUUUAAUUUAGAUCUGUGCGUAUUUGCUUUGAUGUAAAGAGGUGUAUUCAUUUUUUAUUAUUCUUUUAUUGCCACUUCCUGUAUUUUCUCUAUAAAAUACUUUGACCACUGUACUAUUCAUUAUAAUGGUCUAAUAAUGCUUAUACACUGUCGUUCCAUGUUAUCGAAGAAAUGCCGCUUCUGCUAAUUCUUUUAAGGAAUUUGUUUUUAAGUACCAAGUUCCAAUUUUCACAUCCUUGUUCUUUGUUACGUUUUAUUGAAGAAGUCAAGCCUAAAUUAUUGUGAAGGAAGUCUUUUGAACUAGUGCAAAUUGUGUAAAAAUUCAACAGUAACAAAUUGUAUUUAAAUUUUUGACCUUUUUAAAACAGACUUAAGUAAGUUGCCCCUGCUUCUUUUUUGCUGAUGUAAAUUUUUACCUUCAAUUGCCGAAUAGGUAGAUUUUCAUUGAGGCUAAGAGGCGCCUAAAUAAAGCUGCAUUUAUUUUCUCUGCAAGCUCCUUAAUUUUUGUAAUCUGAUAUUAUCUUCAAUUCUUUAUAAUAUGUGAUACUAUGACUACGAUUUGUAUUUUAAUGUCUAUGAAUGUAUAUACACCCCCAGAUUGUCUGUCAGCUAUAAGUGAAGGGCGAACAUUUGCCCUAUUACGUUUAAAUCCAGUACCUUAAUCAUUUUAGUAUAUAUACUAACUAAUCUUUAGUCAACAAAUUUUUAUCUUGAAUGCUCUAUUAAAGUGGAUCAUAUUGAUUUUUCAUCAUA